AUGGUCGUGGAUGACUAUGGGGCCGAGAAGCGCUUCCUGCCAUGUCGAGAGGACAGACGUCCAGGCAGCCCAGCCAACCUCAGCCCUGCCCCAAGAGGGCUCGAGCAGCCCCAUCGCCACCCCUACCACAGCCCCAGUCGAGAUGCCUUUGCGGCCGGGCUGUAUCGGUUCAACAGCCUGGGUCUUGGCGGCCGUCCUGGCGACGACCCCGUCGAGGUCCAGCAUGGGCAUGACAAGCCGCCGGGCGGCCGCCAACAUGGCGAUCAAGACGCCGAAGGCCGCGAUGAUCGAGACGAGGACGAAUAUGACGAAGACGAGGACGAAGACGAGGACGAGGAUGAGGACGACUCCUACGACGAGGAUCUUUCGCAGGAGCGAGAGACUGAGACCCUGUUUGGCUCCACUCAUCCUUCGCGCAACCUGGACGAAUGGAACAUGAAGCAGCUGCGGGGCAAGAUGAGAUACUCGGAAGUCUGCGUGGAUGACGACUAUUUCGAGUACCGCCAUGUUAUCCUCCCCAAAGACCUCUACAAGUACACAAACAUUCGACUGAAUCCGCACAGGCUCGCGCACGAAGAGUGGGUUGAACUGGGCGUCAACAUCGCCUGGGACUGGGAGCACUACUUUGUCCACGUUCCUGGUCCCGAUCAGCCGUGGGUUUUGCUGUUUCGCAAGCGAAAGGCAGACCCAGUGCCGACAAGACAGCUCAAGGCCAAGCCGCCAUCGUCCACGGCAAAGCAAAAUGCUCAGAGUAGCAAAGUCAAGACCCCAACGAAGCGGAAGCGUCCCAGCUCGGCACCUCGGGCUGGCCCCAAGGCCAAUUUGACCCCAAGCAAAAUCACCCCACAGUCGUCCUUCCAGUCCGAGACCCGUCCCACGACCCCAAAGCAGCAGCAAUCAAGGCCUCACAAGAAGCCAAGCCCCUCAUAUCAGGGCCAUGCCAAAGGCGCCCAGGCAGCCGCCACGCCUGGACCAGAUCCGUCGCCCGGACUCCAUCUUGGCUCAAACGGCAGACCCAGCCCGGUUCUACAGAGCCUCCGCCAGAACGAGAACCAAGAGCGCAACCAGCCCCACGCAGCACCCCUCUAUGCCGCCGGCCUGGGAGAGUCCAAGAUACCGAUCCCAGGAACCCCCCGACGCUCCGCGCGACUACAGGCCCUCGGCAACAAGACCUAA